AUGGAUAGGGCAAAAAGAAUGGCAAAAACAUACAACAGCGGGGAUUCGCUAGUGGUCACCCACCUAACUACUAAUCCGCCGGUAUCCUGCUUAAGUACCGCUGAGCGAACGGGAAGCGCUGAAUUCAAGAUCCUAUGGUCGUAUGUGGAAGAAAGAGUAAAACAUUCUGUAUGUAAACUACACAUAGAGUAUGGACUCCAUCAAGCAUAUACUCGAUAG